GGCUGUAUUCACAGAGCUGCUGGCCCCUGUUUGUUAGCUGAGUGUCGGAACCUGAAUGGCUGUGAGACUGGACAUGCAAAAAUCACAUGUGGCUACGACCUCCCUGCAAAGUAUGUCAUCCACACUGUAGGGCCAAUAGCCAGAGGCCACAUUAAUGGCUCCCACAAGGAAGACCUUGCAAAUUGCUAUCAAUCAUCCUUGAAGCUGGUGAAAGAAAAUAACCUCCGAUCAGUUGCAUUUCCCUGCAUUUCAACAGGCAUUUAUGGUUUUCCGAAUGAGCCUGCAGCAGUCAUUGCCCUAGGAACGAUUAAGGAAUGGCUGGCCAAGAAUCACCAGGAGGUGGAUCGAAUCAUCUUCUGUGUCUUCCUAGAAGUUGAUUUCAAAAUCUACAAAAAGAAAAUGAGCGAGUUUUUCCCCGUUGAUGAUUACAAUGAAGAAAUAGCAGACGCUGACAUGAAAGAAGAUGCAGAAGGGCCAGAGCCUAAAGGCCUUUCUCCACCCCAUAAGAAGAGCAAAGCAAAGAAACCAGAAAGUUCAAAAGACUCCAGUGAAGAUGAAAGUGGUCCAGAGGAAAAGCAAACUGCAGAAGAAAUGGAGGGGCAGAGCCAAGAAGCAGAUGGUGUCAACACCACCCCUGUGCCCAGCCCUGCUUCUGAAGACAAGGCUGAAGUCCAUAAAGAUGAAGCAGAUUCUGCAAAGGAUGACAAUACUAUAAAAGACAGUGACGUGACCAAUCAUUCUGUGUGUGACCAAGAACUUCCAAAUGGACAAGAGAAUGACUCAACAAAGAGUGAGGGAAAAACUGAGACAGAAUCCCCAAGCUCCUCUAUGGAAACAGAAGACCUUUCACCAAAUCAAGAAGAUGCCACAAUUGUGGAACAACCAGAAGUGAUCCCCCUGAUAGAUGACCAAGAAGCACAGGAAGGUGGAGAAGCUCAAGGCGAGGAUGCACCUGCUGUGUUUGCAGAAAGCCAAGGUUCCAGCGAGGCAGAAAACACUUCAGGUCCUGAUGUUGACAUGAACAGUCAGGUGGAUGGUGUAAAUGAGCCAACAGAGAGUCUGCAAGAAGAUCUCCAAUAGGGCCACAAGAUGAAGCAAAGGAACAAAGAACUGAAGCUAAAUGACAGCCCUCAGCAUGGCAAGGCCUGGCCCUGGGGGACUUGGGAAGAUGAUAGCGUGUGCUGUGGAAGGGGGUGGGGGAGGGGGGAAGGCAAGUUCAUGGAAGAAAGGGGGUCCUUUGCUCUAAUUCUCUAGCUGCAUUUUGUUGUUUACCGACAGAAAGGAAAAAAAAAUGAAAAAACAAAACAAAAAGAAAAGACAAGAAAAAAGAAAAAGCAAGCAAGCUCCCUCCAUUUGGUGGGAGGCCCCAUGCUAAGCAUCUUUCAGGCACUCAGUCAUCAUUUCUGUCUUUUCUCCAUGCCUCACCCUAGGGCCAUGCUGAUAGGGUUAAUACUCACCCGGGUCUCCUAACCCCUCUCUGCUUUCUUGAGUCUUGCACAAAGCUGGUCAUAGGACGAUUUGUUUCACAAAAAACAAAGAAGGUAAUGACAAGCUGUAGGCUAAAUUUCAAUAGUUACCAUGCCCUGCAUUGGUAUAAACCACAGACAAAGGAGAGAGGAUAGAAAAUGGGUACAAACCUCAGAUAACACUUAGAAGAAGUCUGAAUAAGGAGUCCAAAAUAUUCAAAUCAGGCAUUAACAAAGAAGGCCAGUCUCAGCAGCCAGUAGAUUCUCCACCUUUCACACUCAGGAUGCUGUGUGCGUUCCUUUUGUGAGGCUGAUUGCAAGCACUGCUUCCUUAUGAGGUCUUCACUGUGUGCUUCCAUGUGGAGCCCAUCACCAAGAUGUGGUUCUCUGUACACAAUUGGAAUGGGUGUUACUAUCAUUGAGAUCAAAGGGACCAUCUUGCUUCAUUUAGGACUCAAAUAAAUCUAUUAAUAACAAUUUGAGUUUUCAAAGUCCACUUGAAGUCUCUACUCUUCAUAAAAGAAUAUCCAUGUUGACCCAAGAUCUGAUAGCCCUCAGAGGUUCACAAUUGAGGUUAGGAGCAUUUGGAGCCAUUACUUCCAGCCCUGACUUUCUGGUCUGCUAAUGCCAAAUCCAAGGGUGAUUUGAUGGCUCAUCCAUUUCAUCCAAAAUUUAGCCAGAACUAUCCAUAACUUAAGCCAGUGGAACAGUGGUAGCUCAAGCAAUGAGGACCAGAGGAAGCUGGGCACCAUUCCAACAUUCCAUCCCAAACCAAACCUAGGUGCCUCUUGGGGUGCCAAAGACAUGGUAGUGUCUUUUGCGUAUCAUCUUAACUCCAUAGUGUUUUAGAAUUGUGAUGUUUUAUGUUGCUAUUCCUGACAGAAGGGGAAAGUGGAACUGAAAGUAUCUAAAGUCAACAGUGAGAUAAUACCACUUCAUAAGUAUCUCAUCCAAUUUGCUAGUUUUGCUCUUUCCUGUGGAAAAUGCAUCUUAUCUUCCCAUGACUAGUUUUCACUUGCUCUGCAUUAAUUUCUGCUUCUAGGUAAUUUAUUUGGUAUGAUAGAGUAAGUAGCAAACCAUACCUUUGCAUAUGUUACGUUUUCAUAUCUCUUAUUUUCAUUAAUGCAGUUCUUCAAUACAACAAGGAUGUUUCAGGGGUUUCAUAAUGUUUCCCCAUGGUUUUUGCUCUUUUCUUUUCUACAGUUUGACAUGACAGCAUAUACCUCUCCAUUACACAUUGUUUUCUAGAACAAUGCUUCCUCUAAAUAAUCUAAAAUAGGAUGCCAUCCAGAUAGAUAGCUUCAAUGUUUCUUGCCAUCUUCAUAGCUAUUUUACAAGCACCCAUCUAUUUUGUGAAGUGCUGGACAAGAGAAUCUUGCUAGGAAGGCAUUUCCCUAUAAUUCCCUGGGAAGUGUUGCUAAAUCUCCUUUAUAGAGUCCCAGUGGGAAGGCACACCUGAGAUAAGAGGAAUAGCCAGGACUGGGAUAAUGCCAGCCCACCUUUCUCAUUACCAACAGCAGCCAUUGUUUAUGCUCAUUUUGUGUGGGGCUGGGUUAAGAAACAGGGAGAGAGAAUUCUGUGGAAACUGUAGGAAAAGGAAAGCAAUCCUUAGAUUUAGGAAACAGAGAAGGAGUCCCAACUCCUGAAUUUGCUUAAACUUCCUUUUAUGAAUUAAAGUGCAUUUUCAUCUUUGCUUUGCAGUAGUAGAUUUUUGGUUGCUAUGUGGCUGAAUGAUUGUAUGCUUUAAAAUAAGUAAUGCAGUUAAUUUACACUUCAAUAAUGAAAUAUAAAAAUUUUAGCUCUGGGCCAGACUGAAGGCAUCUCAGACAAGGAAACCCAUUGUUUGCUGGCCCUGUCACUGCACAGGCUGUACAAUGCAGUACAUGUGGGAAGUAGACCCAUGCUUUCCACACAUGAAUGUUGGAUGGCCAUUUCCAAACACACUUCAGCCAGGCCACAUAACAUGAAGGGCAACAGGGGGAUGGGAGGAAAGUAGCCCUGUUAUUAGUCAUGUUUGCAUACAGAGGAUUGAAGUAGACCUUCAACAUAAUAGUCCUAAUUUAAAAGGUACUCACUGCAGACUAGACAAAGGGGCUUUUCCUCUUGCCCGAUAACUAUUCAAAUGAUGGACAAGUCUUCUUUGAUAAAAGCUUACAAAGAAGCCAUCUGAAGCACUGUCUAUGACACUGGGUCACAUAUCAAUCACUGCAGCUAAUUGUAAAUCUUUCUAUGAAACACUGAAAAGCCUCUUUGUGAAUUAAUACAGUUCUGCUUGAUGCACUUGGUUUGCAAAGACAUUUCUCUGUAUGGUGCAUGUCAGCUGUGCUUUGAAAAACAACAAAGUUAGCAGAAUAUGUUCAAUAUAUUUUCUCGGGAAAUAGGGUUUUUAUCAUAUGACUCAUUAAGGAUUUGCCUUACCCUGACAUUUGUGAUAUAAAGGAAAAUCAGGAAAAAAGUAAUUUUCUUGAACAAGAUAUGUUUUUACUUAAUGCAAAUAAAUGUAGUCUGUUGCUUGCAAGGAAAAAAAAAUGUCUUCUGGUAUUACUAGGGUAACACGUGCCUCUUUUGUUAAACCAGUCUUGAAAUGCUGGACAGCUUCUGAGUCUGUUUGUCUCUCUUCAUCUGUGCCACACACUAUAACACUUAAAUGACUGUUGCCUUCAAACUAUAUUUGUUAGAGCAGAGUGCAAAUAAACUUCUUUGAGAGGAUAAUGUGGAA